CGGGCUCUCGGCGGCGCCGGCGGUGGCGCACACAGGCAACCGACUGGUCUCCCAGGGCCUGUUGAGAGUCUCUCACCUGCUACCAUAAGGCUUUGCCUUUCCAACUUCAGCUACAGUGUUAGCUAAGUUUGGAAAGAAGACCAAAAGGAUAUCCCCGGGCCGUUUUUCUUUUGUUAAUUUGCCGCAGUUGUCGUUGGGGUCUUUUUGCACAAGUCUGUUGUGUUUUUAGUGGUGCUCUUUUCAGUUCCUUGCACUCCUGCUAACAAGCACCUCAUCCAGAGCAGCAGUAGCAGCGGAAGAGCCAGCGGGGAGCACCAGGUGUCAUGAACAAGGCGAGAGAGCAAAACCGCCAGGGAGGAUGCUGCGGAUCCUUAACAAACUACCUGACCUCGGCGAAAUUCCUUCUCUACGUUGGACAUUCUUUAUCUACUUGGGGAGAUCGGAUGUGGCACUUUGCCGUCUCUGUGUUCCUGGUAGAGCUCUAUGGGAACAGCCUCCUCUUGACUGCAGUCUACGGGCUGGUGGUGGCGGGGUCUGUUCUGGUCCUGGGAGCCAUCAUUGGUGACUGGGUGGAUAAGAACGCCAGACUUAAAGUGGCCCAGACUUCGCUGGUGAUACAGAAUGUGUCGGUCAUCCUGUGUGGAAUUAUCCUGAUGAUGGUUUUCUUGUAUAAAGACGAGCUUCUGACUAUGUACCAUGGAUGGGUUCUGACUUCCUGCUAUAUCUUGAUCAUCACUAUUGCAAACAUUGCAAAUUUGGCCAGUACUGCCACAGCAAUCACCAUCCAAAGGGAUUGGAUUGUUGUUGUUGCCGGAGAAGACAGAAGCAAAUUAGCAGAUAUGAACGCUACAAUCAGAAGGAUCGACCAGUUAACCAACAUCUUGGCCCCCAUGGCUGUUGGCCAGAUUAUGACAUUUGGCUCUGCAGUCAUUGGCUGUGGUUUCAUUUCUGGGUGGAAUUUGGUGUCCAUGUGCGUGGAGUACUUUCUGCUCUGGAAGGUUUACCAGAAAACCCCUGCCUUAGCUGUGAAAGCUACUCUUAAAGUAGAGGAAGCUGAGUUGAAACAGCUGAAUUUACACAAAGAAACUGAGCCAAAAUCCAUGGAGGCAACUCAUCUAAUGGGUGACAAAGACCCUAACGUCCGUGAGCUUGAACAUGAGCAAGAGCCCAGCUGUGCCUCCCAGAUGGCUGAGCCCUUCCGCACGUUCCGAGAUGGAUGGGUUUCCUAUUACAAUCAGCCGGUGUUUCUGGCGGGCAUGGGUCUUGCUUUCCUCUAUAUGACUGUCCUGGGCUUUGAUUGCAUCACUACAGGGUACGCCUACACUCAGGGGCUGAGUGGGUCCAUCCUCAGUAUUUUGAUGGGAGCAUCAGCCAUAACUGGAAUAAUGGGAACCGUGGCUUUUACUUGGCUACGGCGAAAAUGUGGCCUGGUUCGGACUGGUCUGAUCUCAGGAUUUGCACAGCUUUCCUGUCUGAUCUUGUGUGUGAUCUCUGUGUUCAUGCCUGGAAGCCCUUUAGACUUGUCUGUUUCUCCUUUUAAAGAUAUCCAGUCUAGGUUCAUUCAAGUAGAGCCACUACCCACAAAUACACCUACAGAAAGUCCUGAAUUCAUCUCUACAACUGAAACGCACAUGUCAAAUGGGUCUGUUUCUGCUGAUGUUGCCCCAGAGAUGAGUUUUAACUCUGAGUCCAUAAUCUCUGUCAGUCUGCUGUUUGCAGGCGUCAUUGCUGCUAGAAUCGGUCUUUGGUCCUUUGAUUUAACUGUGACACAGUUGCUGCAAGAAAAUGUAAUCGAAUCUGAACGAGGCAUUAUAAAUGGUGUACAGAACUCCAUGAACUAUCUUCUUGAUCUUCUGCAUUUCAUCAUGGUCAUCCUGGCUCCGAAUCCUGAAGCUUUCGGCUUGCUUGUGUUGAUUUCAGUCUCCUUUGUGGCAAUGGGCCACAUCAUGUAUUUCCGAUUUGCUCAGAAAACUCUGGGCAGCAAGCUUUUUGUCUGUGGUUCUGAUGAAAGAGAAGUUACAAAUGAAAAUCAAGCUAGUACAUCUGUUGUGUAAGGCAGUUUAACUCUUUUUAUCCCUGUUACUAGAUCAUAUAGAGCACGUGUGCUUAUUUUGUAGUUCAGAAUUCCAGUAAAUGGCUAGGUGUCUCUCUCUGGUUUUACCACGACUGUAUCUUGAGGGCUAAAAGCUAUUUAGGAAGCUUAUGUCAGCUGAAUGAACUAGUUAAUUUCCCUUAUAUUUAAGGAUAAAAAAUAGGAAAAGACAAAAGUUUAAAAAGUUUAAACUAAAAUGGCAACACUAUUUUUCCCUAUUUUUCAUGAGUAGAUAAAAUUUUAUGUAAAAGAGUGGUCAGGCACGUGAAUUAAGUUAUUCUCUGGCAGAUAUUUAUCAUCUGCACUAGAAUUCAGAUAUGUCAGUUUUCCCCAAAACUCACUCUUGUUCAAGUCUAGCUAAUUUACUUUUCUUUGAUAUUUUAUUCUGUUAUGUUAUAAAAACAACUUCUGCCCCAAGCAUGAAGAUUAAGGUUUGAUAACCCGGGUUAUCCUUCCUUAUUGAUCCUAUCAAUCUUAAGGAAUUUACAUAUAUGUGGGAAAACAAAAUAUUUCUCUAGAAUUCUCUAACAGGGUUGGGAUUUAACUUUAGAGAGCACCUUGAUGUUUUUAUUAUCAGGUAAGGCAAAAUAUUGUAUUAGUAUAUGCAGCACUUUGUAAAAUGGCUAUCAGGCAAGCUGCAGGUAGAAGCAAAGCUGUAAGGUAGGUUUAUAACACAGUGAACGCAUAAUAACUUCAAAUAUGCCAAUAGUUUGGCCAUAGAAACUAGAAGCUAAAAGUUGCACAGAAGGGCAAAGAUCUGAAUGUAACUCCCGCCGCUCUCAUUAAUGAUCUCUAUCCUGGAAUACGAGGGAGUCAGCUUUCCACUUGGCAGGUUAAAUGUAGAAAGAGCCCACACUUGGAAAGGUUUUGUUUUGCCAAUCACUUGGUUUAUUAGGAACACUCUGGGGUAGAGCAUUUUUACUUUUACUGUUUUGUAACCAGGAGUUAUUUUUACCUAGUUGUGGAGCAAGACUGUUCAUAAAUGUUUUCCUUUUCAAUGUCUCUGAAAAGAAUAUAGGGGAAAAAAAAGACUUUUGUAUAUAUUUUUAUAAACUGUUUUACAAGUCCUUUUGCAACAUGCCAGUACCAACAUGAUACUUUGCCUUAACUGUUUAUGCACUUUCAUGGAGACGGCAAUAUGUUGCUCUGAGCACUUUCUUAAUCCUUUGAUGUUUAAUCUUUUUCUUCUUCUAUGGUAUGACAUGAUGAUUUGCUACAUUGUAAAAUCUUUGUGAAAUAUUUCUAUAUAAAUAUAUUUUUAAAAUCUUCA